AUGACGAUAGCCACAGCGAAGCUCCUUACCCUCAUCUUUGUCCUCGCAUCAACCUCAGCAGUGCUCUCCGGCCCCAUCCCAGCUGCCCGUCGCGUAUCGGGCAUCGUAAUCAAGUACUCCGACAACUAUCCCGAGGAGCGCCCUGACCCCAUUACUACUCUUAACGAAAGCGAUGAACUGGCGGAUCUCCCUAACCUGACUGCCGAGGAGCUAGAGGAGAUUCUGUCUGCCGAGAGCCCACUGCCCAGCACAUUCCUCAUGGCCGUUCCCGCUCUGCGAGCUUCUAUCGCCGCCGCCGAACCGUCGAAAGCCACGAGUUCCCAGGCACCCAGCUGGAGUCCCUCGCCGUUACAGGAUGUGUGGCUGGAGGUCAUACCACGGAGCAUGUGUAUUAUGCUUGCUGGUCUCGCGGCCUGCUUCGUUGCCCUAAUCCCAUUCCUCGUUCACAGGUGGAGAAGUUCGGCAGCUACCGGUGCAAUCUAUUUGGAGGUGGAUGAGCCCUCGCGAUGGCACCAGCCCUCCAUUUGCGCCGAUGAUAUCGAAGAAGCUUACACUGAUGAGAAGUGCGCACUCGAAUAG